AUGUUUCAAUCGUGGUACGGCCAAAACGACGAGAACAUAGAGUUUUGGCUGGAGUUCCAGACAGUCCAUGAUGGCUUAGAUGGCGGCAUCAAAGGUGAUGCAAGGUUCACCUGCUUCCCAGCACUCCCCCCUGAGCUUCGGCUCAAGGUAUGGGAAUACCUCAUCCAGCCCCGCGUCGUCAUAGCAGCCUGCUUCGACUCGCGCUUCAAAGACGAGAAGCGUGCUCAGCUGGCCCAACGGCCAAAGAGACACGCCGUGCCGGUGCUGCUGCACGUCAACCACGAGUCUCGCAUCCUCGCCCUGCGGCAUUACGAGCCAGCUUUCGCCUGGAAAAUCCCACGCCGGCUCGUCGGCCCAGAGACCGGCGUACUGCCCUGCAGCAAGGAGGCCCGCGUGUGGUUCAACUUCCGCCUCGACGCACUGCUCUUGCUCGGUGAGCUGGAACCUUACGACCAGUACGGCUUCAACUCGCCCAUGGUUUACUUUCUGCGGCGCGAGGACACAAAGCGAGUCCGCCAUGUCGCCUGCGCCUUCGAGGAGCUGCACAUGAGUCUUUAUGAGUCGGACCAGGUCUUCGGCUCUCUGUUUCACAUUAUCGACAUGUUCCCGGCCGCCCCGCGACUCCUGAUCACCAGCACGCCCCAAGACUCGGAGCUGCGCCACUUGAAGCUGCCCACCACUGACAAUGUCGUCCAGAAACUGUGGUCCGCGUUUAUAAACGGCACAACCUGCGUUACCUCUUCUCUAGUCAACCGGCAGAUACUCAUGAUCCGGGAAGCGGACCUAGCUGACUUUAUCACGGAACACACAUAA